UUAGCAGAAUACAACUUUUUCUUCUUUACCUUUCUCGACGGCGUCACUCGGGCUUCGGCCAGACAGUCAUGGAUCAGAAGCGCUCAAGGCUCGAGACCCAGGCUCACUCCCUAGAGCAAUCAAUACCUCUCAACUCUACCACUAAUGCAGCCCUCGAGGCCACCAUCAAGAGCGCCGAGCUGUACCUUCAAGCUCUCCGUCUCGUGGACAGCCCUUCGGAUCGAAGGAGGAUCGAUGCAAAGUGUAAGCAGCUGCUGACCCAGGCGGAGCGGAUCAAAGCAUACCAAGACAGAUCCGCGUCGUCGUCCGGACGAGGAGGCCGUGGGACUGUCCCUCGGACUCCUCUGGCAGCACCAGUCUCGUCUCGAAAAUUGACGACUCGAGAGAGUAUUAUCCUCCUUGAGGGUGCCAAGUUGAAUGGCUUCAUUUUCAAACCGUGGACCAGCCCACCUACACCCGAUGAGUUCCGUCUGUUGGAGGGCGAGCAGCCUUUUACAGACUCCCCUGCUCUGUCGCUGUCUCCAACACAACUAGAAUUGCUCGACAGCUGGAAGAGACCACAUGAAGCACUCGCGUCUCGUACACUCCAUACACAACAAGAGGACUUGCCGUCGAGUGAGACUAUCAUGCACUUGACCGAAGCAAUGGACCUUGUGCAGGACAUGACAUCCGACUGUUCUGUCGUUGCAAGCCUGUGCGCGGCCACGUCGAGAGUUGAACGCGGACACCCAAAGAUCCUACGCUCUAUCGUGCACCCGUACGACUACGAAAAUGACCGUAUCUCACUUUCGCCCAAUGGAAAGUAUAUUCUCAAGUUGUACUUUAACGGCUGCUGGCGGCGAGUGGAGAUUGACGACCGCCUCCCAACCUCUAAAACAUCGAGAGUCCUCUACGUCAUUGACCGCCGUCAUCCUCAACUGUUGUGGCCGGCGCUGGUGGAAAAGGCGUACCUGAAGGUCCGAGGGGGGUAUGACUUCCCGGGAAGCAAUUCUGGUACAGACCUUGCCGUGUUGACAGGUUGGAUUCCGCAGCAGGUUUUUUUGCAUGACGAAAGUGUCGAGCCGGAUGAGUUAUGGGAGGAGAUCAUGACCAACUUCCGGAACGGUGAUGUGCUACUUACAAUAGGAACCGGGAAAUUGCCUCGACGAGAGCAAAAGCAUCUUGGGUUGGCGGCAGAACAUGACUACGCUGUCCUGGAACUUGGCUCGGAAACCGGAGCGAGGGAAAUGCUGAUUAAGAAUCCCUGGGCCGAUGGCGACGUUUGGCGAGGAGCCUCACGAAGAAGACCGAAUCGAGACGACGAGGACACCGCCGGUGCACAGUCAAGCGACGGUAUGAUCCCAGGCACUUUCUGGAUGGAUUUCAGCAAGGUCUUGCAGUACUUUGAGAACAUGUACAUCAACUGGAACCCGGGGUUAUUCUCUCAUCGUCAAGACCUCCACUUUUCAUGGCAUGAAGCACGACAGGCCGGACCAGGACCCGCGGGUAACAUUCUUGUCGACAAUCCGCAGUUUAGUAUCACGGCGCAGGCCGGAGGAGAGAUCUGGUUGUUGGCAAAUCGCCACUUCCGGACCGGGGAUUACACUCAAGCCAGCGCCGGCGCAAACGGGUAUAUCAGCCUAUACCUAUACUCCAGGAAUGGGGACCGAGUGCUUUCGAGUGAGGGCGCGAAGGUUCGUGGGCCGUUUGUGGAUUCCCCGAACACUUUAUUGCGGUUCAAGGCUGCUCCUCGCGCCACCUACACUGUCGUUCUUGUGGCGCAGGAUCUGCCGCCUGGCAAGCUGAACUUUACAAUCUCAGCGUUCUCGAAUGGUGCGCUUGUCCUCGCUGAAGCCCAGCUUCAGUAUACUCAUAAGCAUACCAUCCGAUCCGCUUGGACGAGGUCGAACGCAGGAGGCAAUUCGGAUUCCGCAGACUACCUGUCAAAUCCGCAGUUUCGAUUCUCCUUGGGCAAUGAACAGAGGGUUGCCUUGAUAUUACAUGUCAUGGAUACAACGGAACAUUCCAAACAGGAACCCGCACCCAUCGGCGAGACAUCUAUCAAUCCUGCACAGGCCGACGAUAUCCACGUCAAGCUCUUGGUCGUCUUCAGUGACGGUUCGAGGAUAACUCGUCUCCGGCCCAGGGAUGUGCUCGCACAUUCCUACGACUACCGGAGGUCCAGCACUGUGGUUGAAACGACACUCCCGCGCGGAGAUUUUACCGUGAUCUGCUCGACUUUUGAUCGCAAUCAAUUCGCGGAGUUCACGCUGGACCUGUACUCAUCUCCGACGACUCGGGAACCACCUCCAUCGCUCACUCUUCUCCCCGCAGACGAGAAUGGCCGGCUGUGCAUCAAGAGCGCACCUGCAAUCUUCACCAACAGCGCCAAUCGUUUACUUGCGCCUUUGACCGUCUUUAGAAUGAGCCGGCUGACUUUUGUGGCGCGGGAUGAUUCUGAUGCCAGGGGUGAUCAUUCCCAUACCAGUGCCAAAUCAUCCCUAUUCAAGAUGACUCUGGAGCAGGGCCAGGGACCCUACAAACAGGUUCUCGCGACUAGUGAGGUCGACAACAACGAGUUCGGGACCGUGGCCUCUGGAUUGCGGGCUGGAGAUGUGGACCUACAGCCUUCUGCCUGCGGGCCGGGCAGUGGGGGAUUGUGGUUGGUGCUUGAGCGGUUGCCCCAAGCCGGACAAGAAUCACAGGAUGUUGUAGAUCAAGGCUCUGGAGUCGAUACCCUCAGGGUUGACAUCUUUGCCGACGAAAGAGUCGAGCUGGGUCCCUGGGGCCGAGGGGAUGGUUGAGACGACCGGACCGGGUAAUUUGGCAUUGUCAUACUACCUAGAGGUUGGAUACUAGCAUCUCUGAAUAUACAUACUCUGCAUAGAGUGUCACGCUUUCCCA